ACGGUGCAUGUGGCGUGCCUUUCCACACGGUCAAGUACUACCUAAAGGAUUGGCCUGAAGGUGGGUACAGCACGGCUGAUAAACCAAAUCCUCGAGGCGAGGUCUGCGUAGGAGGUGAUGUAAUUGCUCAAGGCUACUACAAAAUGCCUGAAGAAACAGCGGCCUCUUUCAAGGUGGAUCCCGAUGGAACCAGGUGGUUUGAGAGUGGAGACAUUGGCGAGGUGUUGCCGAAUGGCACACUAAAAAUAAUCGACCGCCGAAAGGAUCUUAUAAAGCUUGCUAACGGCGAGUUUGUCUCACUGGGCAAGGUUGAGUCUGCGUUGAGAAGCUCUCCGUACGUUGAAAACAUUUGCGUUUGUACUGAUCCGUACAAAAAUCACAUCACUGCGCUCAUCUCACCCAAUCGAAAGGCCAUAGAUGAGUUGGCAAAGAAGCUAAAUAAAGCUUCACUUUCUUUUGAAAAGCUGUGCAAAGAUGAACAG